CAUUUUGCUCAAACAGGCUCCGAUCAAAACCUCACCACCUUCCCCUCAACUAUGGGAAUGAACCCAAACCAAUAAGACGCUCCUUAAAGGAUAUGCAAUGAUCUUAGAGAAUUAAAACAACAUCCUGCCCGAAGGACCACAACCAAGACAGCACCGACUUGAAAUUCAAAGCCAGGUCCCUGGCGAAGAAAGCGCUUUACUGUGCUCUCCACGUCCCCGGGUGCGAGUUUCCAGCUCGACUACUAGGCCAUGACUGGGGGCACGCGCCAGGCGAGCGCGGCGAGACCCGGGAUGCCAGGGACCCCGACGCGCGGGAGAUCACGGCCCUGCCUCCGGGGCGCGGGGAAAGAGGAGCGACCGCACCCGGAGGGCCCUGUGACCCGCUGCCGCCCGAACCGGACCCGCCCCACGGCGCCUCCCUCCAGCCUCCGCUCCCUCCCUCCGUCCCGCGGCCCGUUAUUCCCCAGCCCCCACACUCACCAGCGGCUGCACCUGAGCCUGCCGCUGCCUCAGCUGCUGCCUGCGCCUCCGCAGCCGCCGCCGCCGCCUCGCUGCUGAGGCCGAGUCCCGGGGGA